GUCAAGUCUUCAAUCACGUCGUCGUCUGUAUAGCUCCUCGAGGUCAAUUGACCAGCCGCCACCAUGUCGACCCCCGCGAGAACGUUCAACAACCUGCGCAAGAUUGGCAUUAAGGAAUACUUCCGCCAGAUGCUGUACAUUGGCGACACCAAACACGGUCGUCUAGUCGGCGAGGACAAGGCGGGCAACAAGUUCUACGAGAACAACGACGAACUUCCCCUGCGUACGCGAUGGGUGGACUUUAAGAAGCAUGACUACGACUCUGCCCAGGUUGAGCCUGGUUGGCACGCGUGGCUGGCGUACAUGGUUGACAAGCCGCCCACCGAGGAUGCUCUUCUUCAGACCAAGACGCGGAAGUGGGAGGUCCCGCACGUUCUUCCCAACUUCACUGCGACACCAGGAGCUUUUAAGACAUAUAACACGACCAAGCCAAAGGUUUCCUCUUGGGAGCCCAAGGCUAUUGAGAGACAAUGAGUUUUGAGAUAUUGGAAUGAAUGUAUAUAUCCAAGGCCGCUCGACGCAAAAUUCAGGGGUUCUGCUUUGUGAUCAAUAUCACCAUGUGUGUUGCAAAGUGAAUUCGUACGAAUAUGACAAGAAUCGAGUAACAGCAGCGCAUCCAAAGUUCUCGUCUGAACACCAGGAUUCUAAACCAUUCUUGGAAUUGCCAGAGUUUCCUGGAAGCACUUUGGAACAUACUGGUAUGCGAACAAGCGUGGAAGCUGGACAGGCGAACAACCAGUGUUGGCGGCUUGUAAGCUAUAGGAGCAAGGCCCUCUACAUUUGGGGAAUACCCUGCUUUAUGAAUGCCGAAAUGCAACAAGCCUGCUUGUCAUCAUGAAGCUUACAAUCUAAUCUCAGGGCCUACCCAUGGCAUAGCCUCGCGCAAUUUAAGAUGAAUGGCUAAUGGUUUUACUGG